AUGAGCGGCGCUGCGGCUGCAUGCGGGCCCCGGCCCAGCGGCGGGGGGCUGCGGUCGUACCGUGCGCUGCCGGUGUGGGUGGUGGAGGACCACCAGGACGUGCUGCCUUUCAUCUAUCGUGCGAUUGGUUCAAAGCAUCUGCCUGCCAGUAACAUCAGCUUUGUUCACCUUGAUUCCCACCCAGACCUCCUUAUCCCUGUGAAUAUGCCUGCAGAUACCGUGUUUGACAAAGAAGCACUUUUUAAUGAGCUAAGUAUUGAGAACUGGAUUAUGCCUGCUGUUUAUGCUGGCCAUAUUUCUCAAGUGGUGUGGCUUCACCCACCGUGGGCUCAGCAAAUCUCAGAGGGAGAACACAAUUUUUUAGUUGGGAAAGACAUAUCAACAACUACAAUCAGGGUUACAGGUACAGAUCAUUACUUUUUAAGUGAUGGUCUUUAUGUCCCCGCUGAUCAGCUAGAAAAUCCAAAGCCUUUAAAUUUACAUGUCGUCCUCAUUAAUCCUACUGAAGCAUCAAACAGCCAGGAAGAAAAUGACAAAGUAGCAUCCGCUAAGAGACUGAAGCUAAAUACAGAUGACACAGCAAGCACUGCUGCUACCUCUUCAUCAGUGGCUCCUGGUGACCACGAUAACAACUUCUCAAGUGUGAAGGACAAGGAAGUACAACAUGCAGGUGCCCUGAACAGAGCAAAAACGUUGCCAGAAUGCUCAGCUUCAAGCUCCCUAAGAAACAAUGAAUGUCCAGUAAGGGAGGUUGCUAAAGAUAUCUCCCAAGUUCUUCAGAAUGGGGAUGCAUUUGUUUUAGACAUUGACUUAGAUUUUUUUUCAGUUAAGAAUCCAUUUAAAGAAAUGUACACAAAGACAGAAUAUGAGCUCUUACAGGAGUUGUACAAGUUCAAGAAACCUCACAGAAAUGCAACAGAGGAGGAUUUGCUGGAUUGUGUUGAAAACCGUGUCCAUCAGCUAGAAGAUCUGGAAGCAGCGUUUGCAGAUUUUUGUGACAAUGAUGAUGAAGAGACCUUACAGAAGUGGGCUUCAUAUCCUGGAUUGAAACCACUUGUUCAACUAGUACACAGUUUGAAAAGCAGAAUGGAGAGCCCAGACUAUGAAAUGGUCCAUCAGGCUGGUCUGACCUGUGAUUAUGUUGAACUUCCCCACCAUGUUAGCACCAAAGAAGAGAUUGAAGGCCUCUUACAGUCCAUGAAGAUUCUGCUGAUAAACAUGCCAAAGCCCACGCUUGUGACAGUAGCUCGAUCAAGUCUGGAUGACUAUUGCCCUUCAGAGCAGGUUGACAUCAUUCAAGAGAAGGUUCUCAGUUUACUUGGUUUCGUGUAUGGCACUCUGGAUGUGCAUUUAGAUUACUCAAGCAAUUCGUCUUCUUUGUGAUCUUUCUUCAUGCACUGCUUUCUAAUGCUGUGGAUGAAUUUAAAUUGUGUAUUGGCUGUUAUUUCAGCAGGUGGCACUAGAAUCCAAGCUUACCAAGAGUUUAAAUUACACUGUUUUCCAAACCAGCUGCAUCUGAACUAUUUCCAAUAUAGGAUUGUUGAUGAUUCUGUGAUUCUUGUUUUUCUGUCUUGCUUAUUCUUAACACAGAUGCACGAGGAACUAUUCUUUGUCCACAGAAUGUAUUUUUUAACCUAAUUUCUUUAAGUAUGUUUAGCAAAAGGACAUUUUAAAAAUAAAUUGAUUUCUUUUCUGUAGUUAAACGUUUUGAUGAAAUUCAGCGAGUAACAGAUUUCAUGAUAUGAUGAUAAUGAGAUAGUUAGAAAAAGUAUGGAAAAGAGAAGACAGAAGAAAGGAGUGAGAAGGAGAGAAAGAAUCAGUAAAAAAACUGUUACACCGUAUGUAUCACAUAAGUAAAAGCCAACAAACUAAAAGAAGAAAGGUUUUCUCACUUUACCUGAUAGAAGUAAUGCCUUUUUACUGUUGAACUUAAUUUCACCAUCUGCUGACUUCUCUGAGAGCACAGAAAGGCCCAGAAAAUAAAUUAGUAUCUACGGAAGAAGAUGCGAGGUAUAUGGAAGAUUAAAACAUAAGAUAAAAGGUCUAUUGCACACAUCCUUCAGUUAUGGAAAACAACUUUUCAAUAUGAUUGCUGCUUCUUGGUAAACUCUCUGAUGCCUGUUGGCUUUUUGCAACCCUUGACUGUCUUAACCUGCUCCAUUAUUGAUUAACUAAUUCAGUGAAUGGCUGAAGCCGGAAGAGAACUCUGGAAGUCGUCUCCUCCAAAUACCCUGCCCCACUGAAGCAGGUCACCCAGGAGCUUGUUCAGAUUCCUGUUGAAGAUCCCUGGAGAUCUUUGAAAGGAUUAGAGUUAUUGGACCUAUUGACUAAUGCCUGAAAUAAUACUAUCCUGCUGUAUUUCUCUGUAUUACACUUCUCUGUCCUCAAAGACUGUGUACACCCUUGAAAGUGAGUAAAAAGAGACAGAUCCCCACAGGAUAAUUUAGGUGCCUGAUUUGAGUUGAAGAACUUUUCUAAUGUGUUUUAUUUUCUCUUUUAGUAAAGUGUUAAGGAAGACAGUUCUCCUGUUUUUAGGUUCUUCAGUCGAUGGCUAAAAUUUCAUCGAUGGACUCUACUCAUAAAUAGAAAAUAUUAAACAGC